AUGUCCGCAGGCACGCUUUACACCUUCAACGGCAGCGGUUACUCCUACAAAGUCCGUCUUCUCGAAGUCCUGCUCGGUAUCCAGCUCAAGCACGAAGAGCUCGACUUCCUCGCGGACCAACAACACUCCCCUGAGUUCCUCGCAAUAAAUCCUCGUGGCGAAGUCCCCUGCCUCGUCGAUGGCGAUAAGAUCUUGAACGACUCUAGCUCCAUCCUCGUCUGGUUGGCAGGGAAAUGGGGUAACGGAGGCUCUUCGCAAGGACCUUCAUCGUACUGGUCCAGUGAUUUGUACGAGCAGGCACAAAUUGUGAACUGGCUCUCUUUCGCGAACUCUUGGGUGCAAUAUGGCGUUUUCACCAACCGCGCCAUUCUCUCCUACAAUGGCCCCUACAAUGGUCUUGGCAACAAUCAACAGUGGUCUCAAGACAAACUCGACGUUUUCCUGGAGGAAGGUGCCAUUCGCGGAAAUGCCUCGUUGAAAGCUUUAGAGAAGCAGCUCGAGAAGAACGACUGGCUCGUGUUGGGUCGGCCGGCAAUUGCUGAUCUCAGUGUGUUUGUGUACAUCGCCUUGGCGGAGAUGGGAGAUAUCAGCUUGAAGCCGUAUCAAAAUGUGCUGGCUUGGAUCAAGAGGGUGGAGGGACUGCCUGGGUUCUUCCCGAUCGAAGGAUUGGACCAGCCUUUGCUGCAUGUGGGGAGGUGGAAGGCUGCUGGGAGGGACGGACCAAAGAAUGUUGGUGAGAAAAGAGGGCAAUAG